UCUCUCUCUCUCUCUUUCACAUUCACACCACUGUCUCCGCUUAAACAGAUUCGCAAAACUCAAAAAUCAAAAAAGUACAGAAAAAGAAUUCUCAAUCUGAAUAUCUCUUUCUCAUGGUGAAGUUUUGUGGCACCUGAAACAGAGAGAGAAGCUUCUUUCUUUCUUCUUCUUCUUCUUCUUCUUCUUCUUCUUCUUCUUCUUCAGUGAAGCUGCUUCUUUCUCCAUGGGGAGAAACUCUCUCUCGCUCGAGAUCGAUGACAAUGGCGGCGUCGGGAGAGACGGUAAUCACAACCUCUCCGGGAACGGAGACUUAUCUUUUCAUUCCGUUAGGGAUCGACUCCGUCUUAAGCGGAAUUCAAGCGACAGGCGAGAUCGAUCUCACUCUGGUUUGGAUCGGCCUUCGUUGCGUAACCGACCUCAUCACAUUGGCCGAUCGCUGAAUCGCAAGGGUUUGAUCUCGUUGCUUAAGCCUCGCGGCACCUGUUUGCUCUACUUUCUCGUCGCCUUCACGGUUUGUGCGUUCGUUAUGUCUUCCCUCUUGCUUCAGAAUUCGAUUACUUGGCAAGGGAAUGUUAAGGGAGGGCUGGUGGGUAGUCGAAUUGGAUUGGGGACUACGUUGAAGUAUGUUCCUGUUGGUAUUGCUAAGACGUUGAUUGAAGGGGAAGGGCUUGAUCCCUUGCGUUCCGCUGUUAGGAUCGGUGUUCGUCCCCCAAGGCUUGCUCUCGUACUAGGGAAUAUGAAGAAAGAUCCUCGAACACUAAUGUUGGUCACAGUUAUGAAGAAUCUUCAAAAACUGGGUUAUGUGUUUAAGGUUUUUGCCGUAGAGAAUGGUGAAGCACGCUCAUUGUGGGAACAGCUAGCUGGCCAUGUCAAAGUUUUGGUUUCAGGGCAGUUGGGGCACACUGAUUGGACAUUCUUUGAAGGAGUUAUUGCUGAUUCGCUUGAAGCAAAAGAAGCCAUUUCAAGCCUUAUGCAGGAGCCAUUUCGUUCUGUACCACUUGUAUGGAUAGUUCAUGAAGAUAUUCUUGCAAAUCGGCUGCCUGUUUACCAAAGGAUGGGCCAGAAUUCUCUUAUCUCCCACUGGAGAAGUGCUUUUGCGAGAGCAGCUGUGGUUGUCUUUCCACAGUUUACCCUGCCGAUGUUGCAUAGCGUUCUUGAUGAUGGGAACUUCGUUGUGAUUCCAGAAUCUGUAGUUGAUGUUUGGGCUGCGGAAAGCUACAGUGAAAUCCGUACAAAACAAAAACUAAGGGAGAUUAACGAAUUUGGCGAGGAUGACCUGAUCAUCUUGGUGCUUGGGAGUUCCUUCUUUUAUGAUGAGUUUUCUUGGGAUAAUGCCGUGGCAAUGCACAUGUUGGGACCACUUUUAACACGAUACGGGAGGAGAAAAGAUACCAGCGGUUCCUUUAAGUUUGUUUUUCUAUAUGGUAACUCUACCAACGGACAGAGUGAUGCUGUACAGGAGGUUGCGUCGAGGCUCGGAUUGACCGAAGGCACUGUUCGGCAUUUUGGUUUGGACGAGGAUGUGAAUAGAGUUCUACUGAUGGCAGAUAUUCUUGUUUAUGCUUCGUCCCAAGAGGAACAAAAUUUUCCUCCAUUAAUUGUGCGAGCUAUGAGCUUUGGUAUCCCAAUCAUAACACCCGACUUUCCUGUCAUGAAAAAAUAUAUGGCUGAUGAAGUUCAUGGAAUAUUUUUUCGAAGAAACGAUCCUGAUGCAUUGUUGAAGGCAUUUUCACCCUUGAUAUCAGAUGGAAGGCUCUCUAAAUUUGCUCAAACAAUUGCUUCUUCAGGGAGACUCUUAACUAAGAACUUGAUGGCAACAGAAUGCAUAACUGGUUAUGCUCGGCUUUUGGAGAACGUACUCCAUUUUCCAUCUGAUACUUUCUUGCCAGGUUCUAUUUCUCAACAUCAAGUGACAGCAUGGGAGUGGAAUCUCUUCAGGAGUGAAAUAGAGCAGCCAGAAAGCUUCAUCCAGGACUCCGCUUAUGCUUCCAUUGGAAAAUCCGGAAUUAUUUUCCAAGUCGAAGAGAAGUUCAUGGGUGUUAUUGAGUCAACAAACCCUCUUGACAAUAAUACCCUAUUUGUUUCCGAUGAGCUUCCUUCCAAAUUAGACUGGGAUGUCCAGCAAAGAUCGAAGGCUAAGCUCAGACGACGUAGAUGCAGCAGACCGAUUACCUCUACUGAAUGAUACCUAUUAUCGAGAUAUCCUUUGUGAAAUUGGAGGAAUGUUUUCUGUCGCGAAUAAAGUUGAUAGCAUUCACAUGAGACCUUGGAUUGGAUUUCAGUCAUGGCGUGCUGCUGGUAGGAAGAUCUCGUUAUCAUCUAAAGCUGAAGAGUCUCUGGAAAACAUUAUAAAACAAGAAACAAAGGGGGAAAUUGUUUACUUCUGGACAAGAUUAGACAUUGAUGGUGACUUGUAUGGAAGUAAAAAUAAGCUCACAUUCUGGUCUAUGUGCGAUAUCCUUAACCAACGAAACUGCAGAACCACUUUUGAAGAUGCAUUCCGGAAUAUGUAUGGGUUACCAGAACACAUUGAAGCGCUUCCUCCCAUGCCUGAAGAUGGUCAUCACUGGUCUUCUCUCCACAAUUGGGUGAUGCCAACUCCGUCUUUCCUCGAGUUUGUCAUGUUCUCAAGGAUGUUCUCGGAGUCUCUAGAUGCACUGCACAACAAUACUAACGACACCAAAAGUUGCUCAUUGGCUUCAUCGGUACUCGAGAGAAAGCAUUGUUACUGCCGGGUUCUGGAAAUGUUGGUUAAUGUCUGGGCAUAUCACAGCGGGAGAAUAAUGGUUUACAUAAACCCAAGAGAUGGCACGCUUGAGGAACAACAUCCAUUACCACAACGAAAAGGUUUAAUGUGGGCCAAGUACUUUAACUUCACUUUACUGAAAAGCAUGGAUGAAGACUUAGCAGAAGCAGCAGAUGAUAAAGACCAUCCAAGGGAAAGAUGGCUAUGGCCAUUAACCGGGGAAGUACACUGGAAAGGCGUUUACGAGAGGGAACGUGAAGAAAGAUACCGAUUGAAAAUGGACAAGAAGCGUAAAACUAAGGAGAAACUUUACGAUAGGAUCAAAAACGGUUACAAGCAAAAAUCACUCGGAGGUUAAAAGCAGAGAUCUGUUCGUGUGCAUACAAGACCCGGGACAAGAGAGCUUAAAGGGCGAACGGAUUAACUUGGGCUCAGUCUCGACGAGAGUUUAUUCUUUUUUUGACAGGGGGAAACAAAACACAUGGAGAUUCACAUGGAGAUAUUGAAAAGCAAAGAUUCACUCUUGCCAUUGUCUGGAGAUUAUAGGAGAGCUUAGAUUUAGAAUUCAUUCUUCACCAUCAAAGUAAAGGUUUCUUUCAAAACUCUCUUUUUUUUCCCUUCAAUAUUUGAACUCGGUAAGAAACAAAAGCAUUCAUGUUCUUAGCCACUGAUUUAGGUUUUUAUUUUUUAAUCUUUCAUGGUUUUUGUAUAUACAUUACAAUUUCAUUGGUUUCAGAAUAAAAAAAAAGGCAAUUUUGAUGUUGAUGCUG